UCACAUGGGCUCUUUCUCCUUUGCUACUUUUGAUUACUUGUCAGAAGGUUGUACUUUUAGCUUCUCUCAGCCUUGCAAGGGCACUCAACCAUGUGCUAACGGAAGUAAUCUUUGUUCACAAUGUCUUUGCAAAGGCUACUGCAGCAGAGCAGCAAUGGCAAUUUGCUGGACUAUGGUCCCGGUCCAGUGUAUAGCUCCUACUCCACCACACUCCCCGGCAGCCUGACAAUGGACGAUAACAGAAGAAUUCAAAUGCUGGCAGACACAGUGGCCACUCUGCCUCGGGGGAGGAAGCAGCUUGCUUUGACCAGAUCAAGUUCUUUAGGUGACUUUUCCUGGUCUCAAAGAAAGCUUGUUACUGUGGAAAAGCAGGACAACGGAACCUUUGGAUUUGAAAUUCAGACAUACAGGCUCCCAAAUCAGACCGCCUGCUCCUUGGACAUGUGCACUUUGAUAUGCAAAAUACAGGAGGACAGCCCCGCUCACUGUGCAGGCUUGCAAGCUGGUGAUGUCCUUGCAAAUAUCAAUGGCGUGAGCACAGAAGGCUUUACUCACAAACAAGUGGUUGACCUGAUCAGAUCGUCGGGAAACCUGCUAACGAUAGAGACUCUUAAUGGAACAAUGAUUCUCAAAAGAACAGAACUUGAAGCAAAACUGCAGGUUUUAAAGCAAAGCUUGAAGAAAAAAUGGGUGGAGUUCAGAUCGCUGCAGUUACAGGAGCAGCGCCUACUUCAUGGCGACACCGCCAACUGCCCGAGUCUGGACAGCGUGGACCUGGAGGACCUAUCUCUGUUUGGAACUCUCCCUGGGCCGGGCCCGGUACUGGUGGACCGGAAUCGGUUGUCCAGUGCGAGCAGCUGCAAGAGCUGGCUGAGCUCGGUGACAAUGGACAGCGAGGACGGCUACCAGACGUGCGUGUCGGAGGACUCCAGCAGGGGCGCCUUCAGCAGGCAGACCAGCACGGACGACGAGUGCUUUGUCCUCAAGGACGGUGACGAUUUUCCGAGGAGGUCUUCAGCAAGGAGAGACCGGAGCACCAGCACCGCCAGCAGCGGGUCCAUGUCGCCCUUGUGGGAAGGCAACUUCGCCAGCCCGUUUGGGACCCUGCCUCGGAAGAACAGAAAAGGCAGCGUCCGGAAGCAGCUCUUGAAAUUCAUCCCUGGUCUUCACCGCGCUGUGGAAGAGGAAGAGAGUCGCUUUUGACCCUGUCGUGGUGCCCUUUUCAAAUGAGCUUAUUGCACAAGUAUCUCAAGACUCCUCUAGAUCAACUUCCACCCAGCUUGGUGGGAAAGUGCAGAUGGAUUGCUAAACUGGCAUCCCAUUUCACAGCAACGGUGAACUUUAUUUAAAUUGGUGUAUCUUUUUUUUUUUUUUGCAUCUUAAGUCGUCUUGUUUUAACUAGAAUAGCUGUUCUAAGCAAACGUUAGAGAAAUUAAGUAAGAUAAUGCAACAAAUCAAUGCAUUUGGCUGUUCAUUCUACUGCCUGUAAAAGAAGAGUGAUAUUUAUUUUCUAGGUUAUUCAUGUAAAAAGUUGAGAACUUUUUGGAGUUAAUUGUAAAUAAAAGAGUGGCAAAAUAAAAUAUCUGAACUACAUUCCACAGGAUAAUUGGUAGGGCACAAAUUCUAAUGUUUGCUUAAGCUUAGUAGCUCCUGGGAAGGUGUAAUAAUAGGCAAUUCGGAAUGUUUCUGUUCAAAUCUAAGAAUGGGUUAGAAACAAAGGUGACCAUCAGCCGUUUCUCAUGUUCAGAGUAACAACAAAGCAGGAAGUAAAAAAUUUACUAUAAGGGGUUAAGCUUCAUGAGAACCACAGAAAGAUGUCUGAGAUGGGUGCUGAGGAAGAUUAUGAUAAGCUCUCUUUAAUUGGCAGUCUAAACAAAACGUGUGGGAAGCUCAGUUUUCUUGCCUAAUUUGACUUUUGUUCUAUCUGACCGUUGAUGAUGCGUCUAGAGCUCUUAGGAUCUUAUAGCUUUGUGAUGAUGAUGAUGAUGAUGAUGAUUUUGCUACAAAUGGCUAAAAUCCAACAAGAAAAUUAGGAAAGCAUUCACCCCUCCCGUAGAUUUUUUCACAUUACUUCUCACUUUAUGUUACAUAUUCGAAAUAUUUACUGCCUCAGCAGUAUUUUGUAUGUUGGUUAUGAAUAUCACAUUACUUCUGGGCUUUAAAUCCCUCUAUAUUUUGUUCAAUAUCUAUUAAAGUCCAUGAUCUCUCUGUUCUAGUGACACAGAUGUUCAUUAACUAUAUACCAGAAUAGGCAAUUUGGACUAUGUUAUGGUCUUUACUUAUUUUAAGCUAUGUGUGUAUGUGUGUGUGUUUGGGAGAAAUAGAAACAGUUGACUUUGAGUAGAAGUGCUACACUUCAGUACAUUUUCGAUUAAUCUAAAUAAUGAGUUAUUUUGAGAAAAAAAGAGGGUAGGAUAAAGAAGCUUUUAAGAUAAGAAAUAAUAAAGUAUCAAAAUAUUUCUAGUUGAGACCUGAUGUCAAGUUCUUUGAACUCAGAAACAUCUGAUAGACUCCACAUAUGGGUCAUUGAGAUGAAAGGCAGAGAGAGUAUACCACUUUUCAUAGAUACAAUAGAAAUCCCCUAUACCAUUUACUGAAUGCCUAACAAGCUAAAACAUUUUACAUGUGAUUCCCACAUUAACCCUAUAGGAGUUGUUUGGUAUACAGAUGAGAAAGCAGGAAUUUGUUUACAUAGUGACAACACAGAAAUUAAAAGCCAGGUCUUCCAAGCUCCAGCCUAUUCUAGUCUCUCUGGAUAAUCAUUUACUCUUUUGCUAGUUCUGUUUUAUGACCACCACAGUACUUUUUAUUCUGCCCAGUGGAAUACUUAAAAUGUACGAUUGUAGAUACUGUACUGUCUUUGAUAAAUAGGAAAAUAAACAUUUAGGAUGACUCUCUUGGCCUCUACAAGCAAAUUUUCAGAUAUGGGUACAUUAAUAUCUGCCUGGCUAGCAACACACUUAGUUUCAAAAAGAGCUUGCAAAAAAGUUAUGAUUCAACUGGUAUUGCGUGUUUCUCGUCAUAGUCUAGAAUUGUCAUAUUAAAGACCUGCUUGUGUGAAUGCAGCGUUUCCUAUUAAUUCUAUUUCACAAAUCUCAUAGGAAAGACAUAUUAUAUUUGACAAAAGAUGACUUUUAAGUCUUUUACAAAGUGACCAAAUGCUUUAAGAACUAGUACAGGUUCUAUGGAAAAGCUGACCACAGAUCAUUUGCUUUUCUUGUGGCUUCAGUACAGAAGCGUGAUACUUUUCGUAUGAUAGUAGAUAUCAAAUGUAAAAAAGAAGCAGGGAAGGGACAGGGUAAGUAUUACUUUAAUUUGUGAUGAGAAUUAGUGUCAAGAUUUAGAUACGUUCUGAGAAAAAAGAAAAGCACUGGUUAACCAAGGUACAGGAAGGGAGGGUAUGUCAUAUUUAUAUAUUUACAAGCUGUAAGAAAGCCAGCAUUUGUUUAGUGGCAAUGUGGGUAAGUUUCUCACGGCAUAGCUUUUCAGACUAAGCCUGAACCCACUGGGACGUCUGAAGAACAUUAUGAUGUGUAGUGACUCAUUUUGGUAUAAUUAACUGGGAAAAAAUUGAAAAGUUUUUUUUUUUUACCCAAAGUGGCCAAGUAUGUAAUAUUGGUGAAUUAUAUUAAUUGGCAAAUUGUUAUGAAAAUUAUUUUUAUACAAUGGCACUUGAUAAACCAAAUUUAUAUAAAACAUAUUGGGAAUUAGUUUAUUAUGUGGCUGAAGGGAUGACACCAUGUGAAGCUUAUUGGUAAUAUACUUUUUGAAAUGAACUUUUAUUCAUUACUUUAUACUUUGCAAUUCUUCUAUAUUUUAGGUGCAUGCAACAAACAGUAUUUAAAAUUUUAGUUUGGCUCGGUGCCUGUAGCAUAGUGGUUAUGGCGCCGGCCACAUACACUGAGGCUGGGAGGUUUGAACCCAGCCCAGACCAGCUAAGCAACAAUGACAACUGCAACAGAAAAAUAGCCGGGCAUUGUGCCGGGUGCCUAUAGUCCCAGCUACUUGGGAGGCUGAAGCAAGAGAAUUGCUUAAGCCCAAGAGUUUGAGGUUGCUGUGAGUUGUGAUGCCACGGCACUCUACCUAGGGUGAUAUAGUGAGAUUCUGUCUCAAAAAAAAAAAAAAAAGAAAGAAAGAAAGAAAGAAUUAAAACAAAAUUUUAGUUUGAACUGAAGAAAUAAAACUUGAACACCAUUUGCACAUAUUGAACAUAAAAUAUAACUAUUUAUGAAUGUAUAGAGACUAUAUUAAAUAAUACAUAACUAUUGAGCCAUUCACCUCAUAAAAGUAUUGUUACUUUAUAUCUGUCUCCUUACAGAACUAUAGGCUAUAAAAAAACCCUGAUAUCUUUCUGAAAUAAAGAGUGCUAUUCUUUAAGUUUCAAACUUUCUCUC